CAGUGGUUGCCAGGUGUGCGGAGCUCGGCUGGAGCUCGUUUGGCUUUGUGUCAUGACUGAAGAAGGCUACCUUUUUUGUUCUGUACCCGUCAACAUCCGAUAAAUAUCGAUGAUAAACAUAGCUGCCAAGAUCAUAAAGUGGUAACAACAAGACACUCGAGCUCGGAUCACACCAUUACCACUGGCUUGUGAUGUCACUUCCCUGCCACAGAGUGUGAUGGUUUGUGCCAGGAUGGUGAAGCAUCUCAGGCUGCCAUUGCUGCUCCUGCUGCUGGCAUUAGCUGCAGAAUGCAACAGCAUGUCUAAACCAGGAAAACCAGACAAACUUGGCUGCAGGUCCCCCGACAAGGAGACUUUUUUCUGCUGGUGGACGCCAGGCUCUGGUGGAGGGCUGCCCACUGUGCAUCGCCUCUACUAUAAGACAGAAGGUAGGGAGACUGUACGCCAGUGUCCAGACUACCACACAGCACACUCCUGUUUCUUUAGCAAGACCUACACCUCUAUCUGGGUCGAGUACACUGUGAUUGUGGAGGCCUCCAAUGCCCUUGGGAAUACAUCUUCAGACCCCCUUACUUUUGACUUGAUGGACAUUGUGAAGCCCUAUGCACCUGAAAACGUUACACUGGUGGUCAGCAUAGGGGACAAUCCACACCUCACCAUCCAAUGGCACACACCGUCUAACAUAGACACAAAGUCAGGAUGGGUCACUCUGAAGAAUCAACUGAGAAUCAAACUAGAAAAGAGCAAAAUAUGGAAGAAUUACACGUCAGAUACACAAACACAUUUUACCAUUUACAACAUUGAACUUGGGGUGGUGUACAUGGUCGAAGUGCGCUGUGCAAUAGACAAUAGCGCCUGGAGUGAGUGGACCAACACUACCUUUGUCAAAGUACCUAACUUUCCUCGCACGGACAAUUCCUUUUGGAUACUGGUUUUCAGCCUCUCUCUGAUUCCGUUGCUUGUAGCAAUGAUUAUCUUGAUCCUGAAGAGAAAAACUGUGAAGAAGUAUAUUCUGCCCCCUGUCCCGGCUCCAAAGAUAAGAGGAGUUGAUGUUCAACUUCUCAAGAGCGGCCGAUCUGAAGAUGUCAUUAAUGCCAUGCUUCUCAACCAGAGAUUUCCUGUUGUGAUGCCCUGGAAGGACCAGAAUGAGGAUUACCUGAUCGUGUCUGAUAAAGAAACCUCGUAUUUGCCAUUGGAAAAAAAUAAAAUAUUCAUUCUGCCAGUUGCCAUAACAUUAGACUCAGAAGUCCAAUCUAAGGAGACAAGUGAAGUGGAUCGCUUUCUAAAAGACAGUGAGUCUUCCUCAGAGGAGAGUUCAGAGAAGACCAAGUCGUCGCAGCUUCUUACUAAAUGCCCAAGUACAAACGUUUUGAAUGAUGAGAAAGCAAAUCAGCUAAAAGGUGUUACUGAGAAGAUCAUCCAACCCUUUGGAAUCAGCGGUUAUGUGGAUAUUCCAAGACAUGAGCACACACAGGAAGCAGACUACAGCCGAGUGAACGAGGUGAACAGUGACAAUAUUUUAAUCACGAAGAAAGAAAAUGUUCCCCAUACUCUGGACACACAGGGGCAAGAAGGCGGUGUGCUCGAUGACUACAGCAGGGUGAAAGAAGUGAAUAGUGACAACACUGUUUUCCUGGAGAAACACAGUGACUCAGUUAAUGCUUCUAUUAGGGCUAAAGGCUACAUAGACUGGGUCAAUCAGAAGGCAAAAAGUCCUCAUGUGACUGGGGACAGUGAAAUGGGAGUGUGCCCACAACUAGUUGGUUGUGGAUAUGUAGAUACUUUCCCCCCACCAGCUGUAAUCUAAAGCUUUUUAUCAUAUAAAAAUGCUAUUAUAAGGUGACAGCGGACAUUCAGCAUUACUUACUGUUGAAUCAAAGCUGUCAAUAUUCUAUAUUUUUGCUGUUCUCGUUGGAUGUAUGGUUGGUACAGACAUUUGUAAAACCAUAAGAUGUACCAUCUCUGGUCCAGAGUAAAAUUUUAUGACAGCUACGG